AUGAUUUCGAUAGCGCCGAGAGGAAAAAUGCUCAAGUCGCUGGCUUUGUUCAGCGUACUCGGAGCCACCGUUAAUUUUCAGGUCUCGAUUAAUUUAUUGAAAUGGAUCCCAUUUUCAUUCUAGGAAGGAUACGCUAACUCCUAUCCCAACACGGCGUAUCUCUCUUUUCAACAGCUUUUCAACGACUCUUACAUACAUCGCGGAGUCAAGGUGAGAUAAAAAAUGAAUUCUGAUCGAGCGAAUUUUUUCUAUUCGAGGUUCUUUAGUGUUGCCCUGACUUUAGCUUUUCAUACCAAAAAAUGCUUAGGUUUCGGAAAAAUCCCCUUAUUUUCUGCAUUACCUCCUCGAUUCGGAUUCAUCAAAAAACUCUCAAGAACGGCUUUUUUGAGCUGGAACGCCAGAGUCGUCCCUAUAGGGGUUAGGAGAAAAAUAUCUUUUAUCGGGGACAAAAAAAUUCCCAUAAAGGAGUAAAAUUAAUAUGGUAACUCUAGGGGUCAUGUUCAAAAAUUGAAAAAAAAAAUCAACUUGAUCAAUUUUCGUUUUGUUGACCCCUAUAGAGGGAAGUAAAGUGGUCCCUAGAAGGAAAAUUUCAAGGGCCCUCAAGGUUGUAUCUACAGGGAUCAUUCUGGAGCUCCCAAGUGUUAAAAACAUUACUUUUUAACCCAGAAGUCUUUAGAAGAGAGAAAGAGAGCGCAAACAGUCCGAUUCAAGUGAAUUGACAGAAAUGUACAAAAAUUGUUCAGAACGGUCUGUCCGAAACGCUGUUCACCUGGCUCUGGUCUCUUGCCCUGUACAUUUGGUUCAUCGGCUACCUUCUCGGAACUUUCCUGACGCCGCUGCUCACCGAAAGAUAUGGACGGAAAAGUUGAUUUUCUUCAAAAUAAAAUUAUUAAAAGGAAAACUUCAGUCUCGCUACUCGUGGCCAACCUGAUAGCCGUGUGCGGCUCUUCGAUCGGCUUCGUUUCGGCUGUCUGCAAGAUCCCCGAACUUUUCUUCGUUUCCAGACUCGUUGCCUCGACCAGUUCCGGUCUCUCGUUUGGAAGUCUGAUUCUUUUCCUACAGGUUCUUUUUUGUUUGGAAUUCUAUCCAUUUUACCACUAGCUUGGCCAAUCUCACAUAUAGCACGGCUGGCUCGAGUCAUUGAAAAAUGGGUCCUGACACGAUAAAAAAGGAGACAGUAGGAAAUGCCUUUUUGCGUCCGAAGCUAGCCGUGUCAGCUAUCCUUCCAAAACUAAUUUCAUGAAAAUUUAAGAUUCCUUGAAGCAAGCUUCAAGCGUACAAAAUUACUACAGUAUUGACGUAAUUUGGAGCAUAGUUUGCAGGAAACAACGUCCACCGAGUACCGAGGUCUCAUGUCGUUCUUCUCCGAGACCACCUUCAUUCUCUGCAACGUACUUGGGAUAGCUUUUGGGAUGAAUGCCAUUUUUGGAGAUAACCUACCGGUUCUUACAGGUAAGCUUGAAAAGUUGGGGGAAAACCUUGCUUUGGGACUGCGUCAUAAUUAUUGGCACAUUUUUUUUAACCGGUUUUUUCCUGUAAGCAGUAAAAAUACAGUCUUCUGACAAAAUUUAUCAAUCUUCAUAAAUAUGAACUCGUUCUUCGGCUAACUUACCAGUCUUUUUCAGUGUCUUUUGUUCUAAAACUGUUCCAAAAGAGUUUUUUACAAUAAAAGAUCUGCUAAUUUUUAAGGAAUCGCCGUGAUUCCCGCAAUAAUCGCAACCCUCCUGUGCAUUCCUCUGAAAGAAACGCCAAAGUUCCUUCUCCUCAACAGAAACGACAGAAGCGGCGCGUUGAAAUCGCUCGAGUUCUAUCAAGGUUGAUCCGUAAACCUUUGAUUUCAAUGUGGGAUAUUGAAUUUUAGGCAACAAAGAGGACAAUGAUGAGAUCCUCGACGAAAUGCUGUUGGAAGCUCCAACGAACAAGAAGAAAGAGCCGGUUUGGAGGUCCGUCUACACGGUCCUCGUCACGCCGCACCUUCGUCACGCUUUUUUCAUCGGCUGCGCAGCUUUGCAAGUAAAAAAAUGGAUAAAAUAUAGUAUAUUCUGACAACCAAAUUUUUAAACACAGAAGAAGAAAAGCUACCGUAAGCACAGCUUUUUUCGUUUUCGCUUCGAAAUAUUUCAAAAAACUGAAAAGACAGGUCUUAAAGCGCAGUUUGCCAGUUUUUACGGUUCAUUACUUAGAAACUCCGAAGUGGUCCUUAUAGGGGUAACCUUAGGGGCCUUGGAAGGUUCUGCUUUAAGGACCGUUUCAAUCCCCCCUACCAGGGGCCACUAAAGCUUGCAGAAGGGUCUCCUAUAGGGGCUGUCUUUCUCUUAAUCUCUAUAGGGGCCACUCUGGCGUUCCAAAGAAGCGGGAGAAAAAGAAAAACGUGAUAAAAAACCAAUUUUCCAGUAGAAAAUUUUUCCACUACAGUAGCUGAUCUUAUCUCCUAAUUUUAGGUGAUUGUCGGAAUCUGGGCAAUCGUCUAUCUCUCAACAGACUUGCUCUCAACAUUAUUCACUGAGGAUGAGGCCCAAAUGGCUUCGUUGAUCUUCAUUAUAGCCAACUUUUGCGCCGGACUGUGUGGAAUGGCGAUCGUUGAAAGGUUCGUUCAAACUUACUUUUUUAGAGUCCUCGCGAGCUUCACAACUCGACAAAAAAAUGAUAGAAAAAUAUUUUAAUGUUAAUUUAUUUUCUUAACAAGGCAAGUUGGAAGGUUGAGAAAUUGAUGACUCCUAGUUAAAAAUUUUCCAACAUCUCCUGUUCAUGUCACAAAAGAACGGAAUGUAAAAUAGUUCCUUACUACCUCCCCUUCCAGAGAAGAUCAAUUCCAGGUUCGGGCGGCGUCCCCUUGUCCUUUGGCUCGGCUCCCUGAACACCUUAUCCCUGGCACUUUAUGUACUGUUCGACCAGCUCGCCGCAGUUCAUCACCAGUUCCGAUGGGGGACCAUCGCAGCGAUGGUUCUUAACGGUGUUACCUAUGGGUUGGUCUACCAAAUUUUCAAAAAUCGAAGUUUAGUACUAUCAAAAAAACUUGCUGGAAAGCCUACACUUCAAAAAGUUAUGAGCCGCCUAUCAAAUAGUGAAUUCAGCGUAAACUCAAGAAAAGUAGGAAAUGCCACAGUAUACAGAGGUCUGGACGUUUCUGAGCAAUCCUAGAGAUCGCUUAAGAGUUCUGACCCUACUAAAGUGGUCUCUAGAAAUGCUCCGAUUCUCGUUACUAGGGUCCCAGAAGACCUGUAACCUUAAGGCGUACGGUAUUUUGUCCAGACUUAAAUUUGAAUUUUCCAGACUUGGACUCGGCCCGAUCGCCUUCUUCAUCACAUCGGAGCUCGUUUCCCAGCAAUACCGAUCCGUAGUUCAGUCCAUGGUCUUCGCCGUCAACACGGCUGCCAGUUUCGCCUUCUCUUUUGCAACUCUGCCGGCUUUCGACAUGUUUAAGGUAAUAGAGAGGCCCAGGGAUAAUCUUAGGGUUCCAACAUGCGUAUAGGUUACGACCGAAGUUUCUUAGUUUCACAAAAAAAAAACCUUCCAGUCCUGGUCCUUCAUCCCCCUGUUCAUCGUGCCGUCCUGCAUCUCUCUCCUGUUCCUCUACUUCAAAAUGCCUGAAACGAAGGGACGGGAAGUGCACGACAUUGUGGAUGAGCUCUGGCGCAAGACUUCUACAAACCCCGUCGAUUUUGAGGUGAAAUAUUUAAAUUUUAAUGAUAAAAACAGCCUCGACAAGCUCAAGCUUAUUCUCUAAAUUCUUGAAUUCAAGGGUUUUGCUGCCUCGUUGCCAUUGGAAUAAUUCGACUUGAAAUAAAAUUAUAAUCGUAACUUUCACCAUGGAGCACAUAAGAUGCCUUCUCUGGAGGCCAUUUUUUUCAAACAAAAUUUCUCGAAUGCAAGCAAAAAGUAGAUCGAAAAUCUGAUAUUUAGAAUCAUUUUUCGCUUUUUCCGAGCCUUCACAACUAACAAAGCCUCCAAAAAAAAUAUUUUUUUGAAAUGGUUCAUUUGAUUCCUGAAGAUGAUCUGUUCCUUGAGCCAUAAUUUUGAAACAAAAACAUAUUUUCAGGCCGAAACAAUGACCAUUUCAACUUCGAGCUCCUCUCUGGACAUGAACCACAACAAAAAAAGCAACUUCACCAACAUUUAG